CAAAUGUAGGGAAUUCAUUAUCGAUCUAUACCGUAAAAUUUAUCAUUUUGAUAUAAAAAGCGUGCUUUCGCUGUUGAUAUUUCGUAGCAGAUCUAUUUUGCAGCGUUGCCCUUAAGACCGUAACUGGUUUGCUUGGGUAUAAUGAGUCGGAAUCGUGGAAAUUUCAGCUUUCAGAUGCGUCGCACCGGACCGCAUCGGCCGAAUCAACAGCAGCAGCAACAUUCUAAAGAUCAAAACCGAAGUUAUUCUUUGAAUGCUGUGCCCCCUCCCAGUUCGCUGUGCGGGAGGUCAUCCGGUGUUCCGCCACCAAAGUCGUACAACCAAGGUCCUGGAAUAUCGAAGCAUGGUUACCAUACUAUAGAAUCGAUUCAUCAGUAUUCGAAUCCAUCCCAAUAUUCAGUCGGAAAGCGUCGUGGCCGUACGGAAGAUGAGUACUUUGAAGAAGAAGAUGAACCAAUUGGACAACAGCUGGAAUAUAUUCCCGCACCCGGUUCGCCUUCAGCUGCAGAUUCGAGCGAAAAAAAGAAAGGCUCAUCAGAUGACGACGAUGACGAUGAAGAAGACCCACUGGAUGCGUUUAUGGCCGGUAUCGAGGAGCAGGUGAAGUUGGAGAAUAAAAAGAUCCCGCAGCCGAACGUCGAUCCGAAAAAGGGGACUCGAGGUGACAUUGACGACGAAGACGACGAAGAAAGUUACUAUCGAUACAUGAAGGAAAAUCCAAAUGCUGGGGUUUUAGAUGAAGGCUCCGAUGCGGAACUUGAGUACGAUGAAGAUGGUAAUCCUAUCCCACCACCGAGAAGACGAGAAAUUGAUCCACUUCCAGCGAUUGACCAUUCGGAAAUAGACUAUGCAAGGUUCGAAAAGAAUUUCUACAUCCCCCAUGAGGACAUCGUCAACCUUUCACAUGCCAAAGUGCAAGAGUUACGCCAAACGCUGGGAGUUAAAGUAAGUGGACCCUUACCACCGCAUCCGGUCACGAGUUUUGCACACUUUGGCUUCGACGAAUCGCUGAUGAAAGCGAUAAGAAAAUCGGAGUACAGUCAGCCUACACCGAUCCAAGCGCAAGCCAUUCCGGCGGCACUGAGUGGGCGCGACAUAAUUGGCAUAGCGAAGACUGGUAGCGGUAAAACGGCAGCUUUUCUAUGGCCCAUGCUAGUGCAUAUCAUGGACCAGCGAGAGCUCGGACCAGGAGAUGGUCCGAUUGGAUUGAUUCUGGCACCAACACGAGAAUUGUCACUGCAGAUCUACGGAGAAGCGAAGAAGUUCGGAAAAGUGUACAAUAUAAGCGUCUGCUGUUGUUAUGGCGGUGGGUCAAAGUGGGAGCAGAGCAAAGCGCUUGAACAAGGUGCCGAAAUUGUUGUUGCCACCCCAGGGCGUAUGAUUGAUAUGGUUAAGAUGAAGGCUACAAAUCUACAGCGCGUCACCUACCUAGUUCUAGAUGAGGCAGACAAGAUGUUCAAUAUGGGCUUUGAACCGCAAGUUCGUUCCAUCUGCAACCACGUGCGUCCGGAUCGGCAAACGUUGCUGUUUAGUGCCACAUUCAAGAAACGCGUGGAGAAACUUGCUCGCGACGUCCUGACGGACCCUGUGCGUAUCAUCCAUGGUGACCUAGGAGAAGCCAACUCUGACGUAACGCAACGCAUUAUGCUGCUGCCGAAUGUGCAGAGUAAAUGGAACUGGCUGCUAACAAACCUGGUGCAGUUGCUUUCCGAGGGAAGUGUGUUGAUAUUCGUAACGAAGAAGGCAGAUGCCGAACAGGUGGCAAACAAUCUGCGCCUAAAGGAAAACGAUGUCGUUCUUCUCCAUGGUGAUAUGGAUCAAUCGGAGCGUAAUUCGGUCAUAACACGGUUCAAACGCAGGGAUGUAGACAUUAUGGUCGCUACCGAUGUCGCUGCUCGUGGGUUGGACAUUCCGCAUAUUCGGACCGUCGUGAAUUACGACAUCGCACGAGACAUCGAUACGCACACACACCGUAUUGGGCGUACAGGACGCGCCGGUGAAAAAGGUACAGCCUACACACUGAUCACCGACAAGGACAAAGAGUUUUCCGGCCAUUUAGUUCGCAAUCUGGAAGGUGCUAACCAGGAAGUACCCGACGAUCUCAUGAAGUUGGCUAUGCAAAGCUCCUGGUUCCGGAACAGUCGCUUCAAGCAAGCUAAUAAGGGUAAAAAUUUGAAUGUCGGCGGCGCAGGUUUGGGCUUCCGUCAACGACCCGUCCAUCGAGGUCCAUUAAGUCGCCCAUCCGAUGGAUCGGCGUCAGGAUCAUCGACCGAGGACUCCGCAGGCAUACCAGCGCCGGGUUCGUCCAAAGGUCCAGCAACAGAUCGUUUGUCAGCCAUGCGUGAAACUUUUCGCGCUCACUAUAACGCACAGUUCAAAGCGUCCACCGAUCGGACGUGGGAGAACACUGUACCGGAGGGAGGCGUGUUUGCUAAACCGGCCCUGCCCGGAAUGGUACCACCUAGUGGUAACAACUCCGAUGAACAAUCGUCAUCCGAUUCAGCCAACAAUGACUCGGCUCCACGAAAGAAAAGAAGCAGAUGGAACUAAAUUUAUUCGUUCAUCUAGCAAACAAUGAGCAUGAAAAUAUUCUUGACUUAAAUUGAUUUAAAUAAAUCUCUACCCUCAU